CUUUCACGUAACACAUAGCAAUUGCGCUCAAUUUUGUUCAUCUGAAUUCCUUCUCAAAAUGGCACCAGCUGCGAUUGACACGACGGCCCCGACUCCCACGGUCUCAGCAACUCCUCAAGUACAAACUCAAGUAACUUUAGGAGGAAAGAUCAUAGCGAUAACUGGAGCAAACCGAGGCAUCGGUUUUGGGAUAGCAGAAUGCUGUCUUGUCAACGGUGCGGAGAAGAUUUACUCAAUAGAUAUCACUCAACCCGGCGAUGAGUUCCAAAUACUCUCGAAGCGCUUCCCAGGCCGCUUGUUUUCAGCCACCGCAGAUGUGACCAAGGAAGACAGCAUCCAAGCUGCGGUCGAUACGAUUAUCAGUGAAGCCGGUGCUCUUCACGGAAUGGUUGUGAAUGCGGGGCGGACAAAUCAUAAGUCAGCGCUGGACUUUACACAAGCGGAAAUCGAAGCACUCUUCAAUGUUAACCUAUUCGGAGCGUUUUACUGUGCGAGAGUGGCUGCCCGAGCUUUCAUUAAGCUAAAUAUCAAGGGAGCUAUCGUCUUCACUGCAUCAAUGGCUUCCUACCGACCAAACAAGAGAGUCCCAUCAACACCCUAUGGCGCAUCGAAAGCUGGCGUACGAAAUAUGACACAUACCCUGGCAAUGGAAUGGGCGCAGUACGGAAUCAGAGUCAACAGUGUGUCACCAGGCCUCGUCAACACCGCAAUGACAUACUGGGUACCUCAACAACCUGACUGGGAACAACAAUUGAAGUACUAUGGGGGAUUUCCACGGUUGGCUGAGGUUCAGGAGCUGGGUGGGGCAUAUGUCUACUUGUUGAGCGAUGCUGCAAGCUAUACCACGUCAAUUGACAUUCCCGUUAAUGGUGUUAUUGGAAUUUGCUAGUUAGAACAAAAAUUCUGGAUCUGACGAAUCAACAAUUGUUUCAUAGAGAAAUAUAUGGAUCGACACAACAGAUGUUGGCGGGUCUACUCACAUUCUUGUACAGUACGGAGGGCUACAAGGUCACUCACCCACUCUUAUCCCCCAUCAAAUUUUCGCAAAUUUCAG